AUGGCAGCCAAUGACUCAUUAUGCACAAUCGUCGUCAUUGAGUUCCUCGGUCUGAGUCGUCUAGUCAGUGGUCUUGGCUUCUGCCUCUUCUGCCAGGGCGUCGCAUCCAUUUUUGGACCUCCGGUCAUCGAGCUUGAAGCAGAUCCACUACCCGAGUACAUUGCUUAUAUAGCUGGUGUGUCAAAAGCCUCGGGUGGGCUACUGCCCCUCAGAGGCCAGGCCAUUCGCAGGAGUAAGGUGAUGCAAACCCUCAACGGAUUCAUAAUCGAUGCGACCGAGUCCUACACAGUUGCCUUCACUGUCGGUGGCGCGGGUGUACUUCUAGCUGGUUUGGUGAUGCUGCCGGCGAUAUUCCGACAGCUGCAACACCGUCGAGCUAAACGACGUCGUCUGGAAGCCCGAAGACGAGCAGCCGCCGCCGUUGGAAGGACUGAAAACGGCGACGUGCUGAUUUGCUCAAGUCCCCUAUCCAUCUAA